AUGGCAACCAAGUUUUACCAGCACCUCCUGGCCUUGGCUUUUGCUGUAGACGAGAUCAACAGGAAUCCCAAGAUUUUACCCAACGUCACUCUCGGGUUCCACAUCUACGAUACCUACAAUGAUGAGAAGAUGACCUACCGUACCACUUUGGAUCUGCUCUAUAAAUUGCAUAGAUAUUUUCCCAACUAUGAAUGUGACACCCCCAAAAACCUAAUGGCCAUCGUAGGUGGACUUGUUUCUGAUUCAUCCUUCCACAUGGCUGAUCUUCUAAGUCUCUACAAGAUUCCACAGGUGGUGCCUCUUUCACAGUGCAAUGAGUACUGCCACCCUGGUUAUCAUAAGACAAAGACAGAAGGGGAGAAAUUUUGCUGCUAUGAUUGUGCUGUAUGUCCAGAAGGGAAGAUUGCAAACCAGAAAGAUAUGGAGGACUGUAUCAAAUGCUCAGAAGAUAAAUAUCCAAGUAAGGACCAAGAUCAAUGUAUUCUCAAGACAGUCAGCUUUUUGACUUAUGCUGAACCCUUAGGGGUCAGUUUAGUUUCAGCUGCAGUUUCUUUUUCUCUAAUCACUCUGUUGGUGCUGGGAAUUUUUAUUAAGCACAGAGAUACCCCCAUCGUCAAAGCCAACAACCGCAAUAUUACCUAUGCUCUCCUUAUGUGUCUCCUGCUCUGCUUCUGUUCUUCUAUGCUCUUCCUGGGACAACCUAAAAAGGUGACCUGUUUCCUCCAACAGUCUACUUUUGGCAUCGUCUUCUCCGUAGCUAUUUCUUGUGUGUUGGCCAAAACUAUCACUGUGGCUACAGCUUUCAUGGCCAAGAAACCAGGAUCCCGCAUGAGGAAAUGGGUGGGGAAAAGACUGAGCAACUCCAUUAUCCUUGUUUGCUCUCUUCUGCAAGCAGGCAUAUGUACAUUGUGGCUGGGAACGUCUCCACCUUUCCCAGAUUUCAACAUGCAAUCUCUGAAUAGAGAGAUUAUAGCAGAAUGUAAUGAAGGGUCUGCCAUCAUGUUUUAUGUUGUCCUGGGCUACUUGGGACUUCUCUCUCUCAUCAGCUUAAUUGUGGCUUUCCUAGCCAGGAAGUUGCCAGACACUUUUAAUGAAGCCAAGUUCAUCACCUUCAGCAUGCUGGUCUUUUGCAGUGUUUGGGUAUCUUUUGUUCCAACUUACCUGAGCACCAAAGGGAAAUACAUGGUGGCCGUGGAGAUCUUCUCUAUCUUGGCCUCCAGUGCUGGCUUACUGUGCUGUAUCUUUUGCCCCAAGUGCUACAUUAUUGUUCUGAGGCCUCAGUUGAACAAAAGAGAACUGUUAACACGGAGAAAGAAUUAA